AUGGAUGAUCAGAAUGCUAAUGCGCAAACUUUGACCCAGAAUGCUCCAGCAGGAGCAAAUGGGCAGAGAAACUGGGAUGGUACACGCCCUAACCAAAAUGCCCAAACUAUCAGAGGACGCGCGGAGCUUGGUGUAUAUAGGAGGAAAUACAAUAGAGGGCAGUACAAUAACAGCCCCUUUACUCGUGAAAUACUGAAUGCUCCUUUCCUGGAGGAUUUUGAUUUGACACGCUUGUCGAAGUAUGAUGGAAGUCAGGACACACAGGUCCACAUGGAUGCAUUCAACAUGAACAUGUAUAUCCGAGGAAUUGAUGAGUCCCUCAUAUCUCGGAUAUUUGCUAUAACUUUGACUAGGGCUAUGCAGGCAUGGUUCUCAACCCUACCUUCCAAUUCCAUUGGGUCUUUCGAGGAAUUUGGAGAGAAGUUCAAAGAUGCGGCCUUGCAGGUGCCGGGUUUACAAGAAAAUGUCCAUGUCCACCUCAUUGUGGCUGGCUUGGAUGGAGCAUCUAGACUAGCCAAGUCAGUCUAUAAAGACCCAGUGAGGACAUUGGAGGAAUUCAAAACUCUUUCAAAGAAGUACCUAGAACUCGAGCAGAUGGAGAUAACAAAUGUGCAAUCUAAGGAUGGUAAAAGAAUGAGCUCGAGAAGUAGGAGCCCGACCCCAAGAGAAAAGGAGCGAACCGGUAAUAAAAAGAAAUACUCCAGAAGCAGAAUCCCAGAUGAUAGAGAUCGUGUUGGAAAAUAUGAGAAAUACACACCGUUGAAUGCCUCACGCUCUCAAAUUUGGAGGGAAGUGGCAAUGACGGAGAUGAAAAGAGUAGAUAGACCUCGACCCAUAUUUGACAGAGGAGGUUUGGAUAAGUCCAAAUACUGUGCCUUCCAUGAUGGACCGGGUCACAACACUGAUCAAUGCUAG